GAUGCUCAAAUGAUCGAAAAUGUUGAUGUCGGCUCGUUGAGAAUACCGGAACAGCCAAGCGAUUAUCAGCGUUUCAUCAAUACCAAUGUUCGUCGGCAUGUAAAUUCUGAAAACAGGGUACUUGUUGCAAAUCAAUUAGCUCCAUCAGUAUUGCUCUCCAGUGACAGUGAAUCACUGGCAGACGGAACAAUUACCAACCGAAAGAACUUGGUAUCAUAUUUGCCAUCAAUUCUGGAUGACCUUCCUCAUCUGAAAAACUAUCUAGGCAACCUUCAACCAUCGGUACAAUAUCCAAAUGGAACAGUUCUUACUGGUUUUGAUGUAGUCAUCGCAAUUCCAACGGUUGAACGAAAAGGGGCGUCUUAUUUACUUCGAACCCUUCAAUCGAUAUUUUUUGGUCUUUCGAAGAACAGUGGAUAUAAAGUUCUAGUUGUUGUGAUGAUUGGUGCGGAAAAUGGAAACAGUUCGGAUGUUCAAAAUCAAAUCUCUUCACUCUCUAACCAGUUCAGCGAAUAUUUUAGUGCCGGUAUUCUUCACGUAAUUGUGCCACCUAAACAUUGGUAUCCAGAUGAUAUUCGAAGUAUCGAACCAACACUCGGGGACUCUCCAGAACGGAUGUUUUGGAGGACAAAACAGAAUCUCGACUAUUUGUAUUUGAUGCUUUUUUGCGAGCCUUUAGGCAACUAUUACCUUCAACUUGAAGACGAUAUUAUUACGAAAGCAGGGUUUAUUUCGACAAUAAUGGACAAGGUCCGGAUGCAGAAGUCCGGACCUUGGUUUCUAAUAGAAUUUUCAUCGUUUGGUUUUAUUGGGAAGUUGUUCCGGUCAAAAGAUCUUCGCUACUUAGCGCAGUAUAUUGCUCUUUUGUAUCGAUAUAAACCCGUCGAUUGGAUACUGGAUACGAUCUUCUAUGAUCGUUAUUGUCAACCAUUUGAACAUCCCAAAAACUGUUCAAAGGCUUUUCGAAAGUACCGCGUUCGUGGACAAACGUUGUUUCAACAUGUUGGACUAACUUCGUCUCUUGAUGGUAAAGUUCAAAAGUUAAAGGAGAAAACAUUCAAGGAGACGAUGUCUUUUAUUCCACAUCACAAUCCUGCAGCCAACAUAUCUUCUAACAUUCCUCAUUAUCUUACGUAUUCUUUUGAACGGUUCUAUAAUGGACUUUCUCCAUUUUGUUUAGGCGUCUUAUUACGUUCUGGGAAUGCUGAACAUCCGGAUGAUGUUUUCGACAAUACGACGAUUAUUAGUUGGCAAAGUGGGGAAGAUGAUGGCGUGAAACGGUCAUUUAAUUUUGGUGAUAGUGGUAUCGCACGAACCACUUUUGAUACUUCACGUAAAUUGAAGUCAAUUACUGUGGGGGUUACAAGUGCUCAUAAUCACUGGGUAAUUUUAAGUGAAUUGUCAAUUCGAGUGUUAUUACAAUGA